AUUGUGAUUGAGAAACUCAUUGACCAUGGACAGACUGAACCGUCUGGUGAAGCGGAUCUCUAUCAUCAUGCUAUGGGCAAUAGUCAUCAUGGUGGCAGGACUAACGUCUGGAACCAAGGCUGCGAUUGCCGGAAGUCAAACAGAACGCGUGGUAGAACUGGGACGUGGCAAGUCGUUGAUCGUCAAGACACCUCAAUACAUAUUCGCAUAUAGGUCGGCAUAUUUUGGUGACGUUGAAGGUUUCUAUACCUGGAUCGUCAAAACGCCGCAGAACUGUACUGUCCGGAUUGAGUUUAUUGCCCUCAAUGCGAAGGUGCCCGGAGAGAUUCUAGAGAUCGGAUCAGGAAACGAUACAUCUACAAAUCAUGUACAGUAA